AUGCAAGAGGAUGAAUGGUUUUUGGAUAAACUUAUGACAAUCUUUCAACAGGAAUUAGAGGCUAGAGAAAGAGCAAAUCUACAGUGUUUACCUUCGUCAAACUCCAGUUAUCAACGAAAUAAACCGGCAACAGCUACUGCUCUUUUCGAGGGACUGCAUGAUACUACCUGUUCUUAUGGUCAAGGACAGCACUUAUCUGCAAACUGCAAGAUAGUGACCAAUGUGGCUGCAAGGAGAGAUAUUCUGAAACGAAGUGGACGAUGUUUUGUAUGUUUAAGAAAAAACGUAUUAGUACGGAAAGCCAAUCGAACAUCAAAUGUUUUAAAUGUGGUAGACGAUAUCAUGGAAGUCUGUGCAUGGGCGGCCAAUCUCGACAAGAACUCCCCAACUCUGACCCACCAGCCAACUAGCAAGAACCUCAGCAUCCACGUCAGCCUGCAACAGAGACUGAGAAAAGGGAAGAAACUGGAAUUGGUGGUAAGAACUUACCAGCACAAUCGAACAGAGAAUGAGAUGAACAUCAACAGCAGCAAGCUACUUGAAGUCAAACCAUGUACGUUGGCACAAGAACAUCCAUCUUGUUGCAGACAGCGAAAGUCAACAUAUACAAGCCCGGAAUGCAGGAAAACAGAGUAAAUGCUCGAUUUAUACUGGAUAGUGGGAGCCAACGCUCUUUCGUGACAACCAGAGUGAAGAAUCAAUUAAAUCUUGAUGCAGACAUAUUCGGAGACCAAGCAGAGAAACUACAAAUAUGUGAAUUUCUGCACUUCAACAUUGAAGCAGAAUCAACUUAUCCCGAUAUUUCACUUUUAGCAUUUGUAGUACCCACAAUUUGUCAACCCCUCAGACACCAAACAACUCAAGCGGCACAGGAAAUUUACCAUAGUCUCAAAGGUCUUAAUCUUGAAGAUCUUGAUACUGGCUAA